GUGUGGCGCGCAUGCGCGGGCACUAAAGGCCGCCGGUGUCCCGCAGGGAGAGGGGGUCGGCCUCUGCCUGUGAGGCCCCGUCUGGCCGCCUCCCGAGGCUGGCGGCAGGGGCCGGGCGCUCCCUGCUCCGGUGCUCGGGGGCCGCCUCCAGCGAGUCGGAGGCCGGCGCUGCCCGUCCCCGCCUGGCAGGCGCCCCGGGUGGCAGUGGCGGUCCUGCUGCGGCUGGGUGAGGGUGGGCGGGCUGCCUGCCGCCGGCGGGACGUCGCCGCCAUUUCCCGGCCGCGGCCGGGGCUUUGCCCCCCCUUACGCUGCCCGGCACCCCCGGGGCGGGCGGCAGCGCCCUCUGGGCCCCCUCACACCUGCGGCCUCAGGCUGCGAGUAGUAACGAGGCACACGUUAUAUAUAUUGGGGCGAGUUUUGCCUUGCGUGUCACUGCGGGGUGUAACCAAGCGACCAGCUGAGCGGAGGGUUCUGAAGCUUUUUAAAUUAUUACACAGAACCCGGCAAGAAGUUUUUAGAAAUGAUACCAGAGCCCUUGAAGCUGCAAGACAAAAGAUAAAUGAAGAAUUCAAAAAUAACCAAGAUGAGACAUCUGAAGAAAAGAUAAAUGAGCUUCUGAAAAUAGCUUCAGAUGUUGAAGUGAUUCUGAGAACUUCAGUUAUUCAGGCAGUUCACACAGAUUCUGACAAAAUAUUGCUCAUACCCAGGAAGGAUCUGCUACAAGACAACACUCCUUACUUUGAUAAACCAACAAAAAAGCAUGAAUCCUGAGGAAAAUAUACCCUUCUCCCCAGAAGGUUAAUAUCCUGUACUGAGAUCUCUGAAAACCAAUAGUGGAUACCUGUUUUAAAGAUAAAUUUUACAAACAGUUAAGUAUUGUUACCAGGAAAACAGAGACUGAGACCAAGUCACUGAUCUUGUUGUGUGCUGUGGUACCAUCAUGCACUUAGUAUUGUGGAAGACACUACUAUGUCCAUGGAAACUCAAGACGCACAGUUCUCUCAAAAAUACACUGCUAAAUUGUGUCAUUUCAGCCAGGAAUGUUUUUAAUUAUAGCAGUCAUCAGAGAUUGUUUCCUAGUGAUCCGGGAUUCCUAAAAACUAAGUAAAUGCAGUUCUUAAUCCUGAUAAUGUCUAUUUAUAAGUUUGUUGUCAAUCAUAUGCCACUUUGAGGUAAUGAAAAGCCAUCUUGUGGCACUUAUCAUUAAAUCUAUGCUUUGCACCAAAAGCAUGAUUUCUGGAGUCGUCAUUAAUUGUACACUAUUAUACUGUGAUGUUUGAGAGAGUUCUUAAGGUUUAUCUGAAUAAAUUGUUCAGGUUUUACAAAUGGGAGUGAACAUCACAUCACAUCUCACAGAGUUAGUGUAGUGCUUUUCUCCUCCCCCACUCCUUUGAACGAGCAGCAGUGGCAGCGUUUGCUUUCUUAGCUGACAGCGGAACACGAGAACCCAGCCGCAACCUAACCUAAGGAUGUUGUUUUAGAUCAUAUGGUUUAUGAAUUUAAGGUUUUCGUUUUAUCUUGUAAUUAGCAAGUGACUUACCAAAGCAUUUUCCAAAGAAAAGACGCCUGUUGCUCAGUCGCGAGUGAUCUGACUUGCCUAGAGUGAAUUUAUGGAGGGUUUAUUUAGUAAGCCCUUAUCACUUCCACUUUUUUUAAAGGAGGCUUCUUUGCCUUUUGCGGAAUUCAUCACAAUGAUCUGUUCACUUUCAUUUUAAUUGGUUAGAUCAGAUACAACUACGGUGAUACAUAGAAUCUCCUCUGUAUGAAAUCAGUAACAGGCACCGUACUAGGAUCUAAUACCUCACACAGGAGUGAGGUAGCCCAGUAAUAUCUCUCAGCUCUGUUUCAGGUCCCAGUGGUCCUGUUUAUUUUUCAUAAGCCUCCAAGAUGUCAAUAUUGCAUAUCCAUGUGAGUUCUGGCAUGGCUUCACUGACUGAGUAGAAUGGAAAACUAGUGCCUGCAUAUCCAGUCUCCUUUCCUCACACAGCGUGUUGGUGCGGGUUUAGCUGCUACAGCCAAGAGAUCAGUAUGGUCUAACUGCCGGGUGUUGCUGUCUGGAGGCGCUUCUGUGACCUGUACGUAUACGUAUACAAGAGCAGUGCUGCUUAGCAGGACCUGGUAUUUUAAAGGAUUCUUGUGAAGUAAAGUCCAUUAACAGUAACGAGAAGCUUAAGCAGAAUGGAAGCAACCAUUGCAGCUGUUCUUCGCAGGCAUCAGGCCGGGAGAACAUAAGGUCCUGCCAGCCUUAACUCCGAAGCUGGGGAUGCAUUAAACUAAUUGGGGAUCUCUUCAGUGAAUAACGUGCUGCUUAAAGAAAGGACUAGAGUAACUGAAGUUGUGAAAUCCAGGUUCGUGUAACGCUAGAGACCAAAGAAGCAUAUGUAACAAUUCUGUGGUGCUGGGACCAACCUUCUGAAAGAAGACUCUAAAAUAACUUUUUGCCUUCAACUUGUCUGUCCUGGGACUGACUUGUCUUCAGAGAAGAGCUCAACAGAGAAACGAUUUUCACAUUGGAACUAAAUAAAUCUGUUUAAAGAACUUGCCACCUAGAGACAGAUUUACGGAGGUCAAGUCCUGCUUUUCAUCUGCAUUCCCACUUCAAACGGGAAACAAUGAGUGAGUUUUGGUUGUGUUUCAACUGCUGUAUUGCAGAACAGCCUCAGCCU